UGCCCGUGCUGCGACCUUUCACAUUCUGACAACACCUUCCCUCUGUCCAGAUAGUCAGCGAUAGCCUUUGAUGACGCAUUAAACGAGGCAUCGAAGCGAGCGCAGAAAUUGCCACAGCAUAGAGGCUUUUGCAACGCACUGUCGUUAAGUGACUAGGCUUUCUCCGAUCAAGCUGCACAUUCAGAGAAUUGAUUCUCCACGUAACCCGAGCCAGGCCUGCGCACCUCCCGCUGCACAUUUGGCCGCAUUGACUAUGCCUCUCCUCGACAAGGAUGUCAGCAGAAACCCUUUAGUUCAUGGAUCCUUAACGCAUGACGUUCGAACUUCCAGAGUUGACAAGAUAACGUUCUGCACUUGUUCGUAUUUCCGUAUUUCAAGCGCCCGACCGCGAAAAAGCCGUAACACCGUCGAUGACCCACGGGUCGGAUCACUCUGACGUCACUAGAAAGGACAUCGCAACUCCUCUCUACGAGCGAAACGGCCUUAGAAGCAGCCAGUUGCUUGAAAAAGAAGCUACGCGGGCAGCCGUUUGUCGCGUUGGCUAUCCCUUCGAAAGGCUGCAGUGGACGAGGGGCUGAAGCCACGGAAACAAACAUGCCCUUCCACUUUAUUCACUCGUUGUGCGCGUCGCGUGUUGCGCGUCGAUGCGCUUGUCCCCUGACUUCUUCGUGAGGGCGCGGCGCUAACAGAACUGCGCGUUUGCCGUUGAUUUAAGGAUCUCCCAGAUUUUCCCAGAUACAUCGGUCCGCCUUUUUUAUUCUUCUGUUACUGUAAGUGGAUACGCUGCAAGAGGCACCGCUUCUUCUGUGGAACCCCGCACGCGCAGCUGCCCUCUGUCGCCUUUUCCGCGUCAUCAACUGGCAAGAUGACUCGCGGGUUUGCUUUCUGUCUUCUUUUUCUCGCCCUUUUCGGGCUCUUCUCCGUCGCACCUCACUCGAUCGAAGCGGGAGAAACGCCUGAAGAAACAGAGGCCGUCGUUGCUGCGACCGAACAGGGGGCCGCGGAAGUGGAUGAAGCCACCGACGAACACGAAGAAGACGAUGACGAUGAUCAUAGAGCCGACUUUGAAUCUUUGCUCCAGAUGAUGAGCAAAGACAUGCACAUGGAUUUGGCGAACAACAAUAUGGCCGGUGUCGCCAAAGUUCUCAAGGAGCUGACAGACCACAUCGACGCCGCUCAUAAGCACGACCCGGAAGCCCAUGAGCACAAGCAUCCGCUUCUGAAGAAGAUCUUGACGAAGCGCACCCACGACAAGAUGGUGACAACACUGCAGAAAAUCUACUCCAAUGUGCCGCGAGAGGAGAUCAAUGAUCAGCUCCAAGCUGUCAUGUCCCUACUUGAACAUGUGAAACAGGACCCGAACAUGUCGCCGAAGCAAUUGCUGGAGAAGACAGCUCAUCAACUGGGGAUGCCUCUCACCCCUGACAUGUACGAGGACAUGCAGAAACACAUGGGGUGGGCAGCGAAGCUGUUCCAGUACAUCGCUCCCGGAGGGCUAGAUGAAGAGAAGGCGGAGGAGCUGUAAUUUUGUCGUGGAACCCGUUCAUUUAUUUCUUCUGAACGAAGUCUCUUUCCUUCUUGUUUGCGGUGAAGUCUGUGGGCGAGGGAGACGGGGAAAUCCGUGGAUCUCUAUACUUCAGCCGCUACCCCAGUCUGGUAGACAACGGUGCGUGACAGCAAGCUGUAGCAGAACUCGACACACCACGAGAAAGCGCCAUUUCUGGCUUUAAAAGCAACUCCAACCGUGCGUUUUUAACAGAGCUUUCCGGUGGGGACAUUCUGCUCAUGGACGUCCAGAACGCUACUUCCUAAUCUGCGGUUCAUUACAGUAUCUCAAACUCCGUGUGGGGAGAUCGUGUGCUAUGAAAGAAAAGAACCAUCAGGAGCCGUUUGCGUGGAAGGACACAAAUUGAGAGCCGUUGCCACCAUUCACACGCUACGCAGUUUUUUCCUGUUUGGCGGAACCAGGGAGAACCGUUUCCGGAGGCGCCAUUCGGGUGUCUGUACAUGCACAUGGGAUGUCAACACAUGGGAGACGGACCGGAGCGGUGGAUACAUAGAAUUCGAUUGGUGUCGAGGCUGGAACAACAUCAUACACGCACGUAGUUUUUGCUUGCAAGAGGAAAGGUAAAAAAACCAAAGCCCGCUUCUGUUAACAGCUCUGGUGUUACCACGACGUCGUCACGAGGAAGUGACUCAACAUCGAACUCCACAACGUUCUGCCAAGACGCAUCCCAGUUUUCCCUCAUUAUCUUUGUCGCCUCUACACGUAGUGUUCAGCUGGAUAUCUCCAGUAACAAACAUCUGAAUUAGGCUCUGCUGACAUGAAAAAGAACGGUACUGGACUUGAGUCAUUGGAGCCUGUCGAGGCCUGGACGCGCAGAAAUCAAGAUCGUCUUCAUGUGGAUUGAGGUGAAUACAGCCUGAGUUUUCUUCUACGAGAAUCCACAGAGCUGCUUCUCGGAG